AUGGAUGUUGCUGAUAAGCUUCUUGAUAAGAUCUUCUCCUUUGUGGAGCUACAAGGGGAAAGUGCAGACAAACUGAACAACCUGGCCAAAGAGCUGGAGGAGCACAAGAUGAAUGUAAACAUCAGUAAGACUGUAGGUAGCUCUGUAUCUGUAGGCGGUGCAGCAGCCAUGACAGCAGCAGGUAUAGUAACCAUCUGUACAGGAGGAGCAGCGCUGCCUAUUCUAGGUUUAACAGGAGCAGUCGUCUCAGGGAUUGGUGUAGCUACCAGUGUCGGUUCAGAAGUGGCCAAUGCUGUCCUAUCAGGUUACGCCAUGGAAGAGGCAGAACAGAUUUCAAAGAAGAUCCAGGACCUUGAAGAGGAAAUCCAGAAACUUGUAGAUUUACUGGCAGAGGAAGGAAAGAAGCGACAACAACAGGUUGAAGAUUACGUUGUGGAGCAAAUCCUCAGAGCGAUGGCCAAACGCAGCGGACUGGUGUUGAAUGACAAAAUCAAUCUGCGAAACAUGCUAUCUGCUUUGCCAGAAAAUCCCAUCUAUGGGAUAGGCACAGCAUUAAGUCUUCUGGGAGUGUCGCUGACAGCAUUGGGUCUAAUUUCCAUAUUUGUCACAAAAGCAAUAGCUAAGAAAUAUGGGACAACAAUCAUGUCAAAAGGUUUAACAACGUUGGUCGCUUCUGGAACAGCAACAGCAGCAAAGGCAGCUGGACGUGUGGGAGGAGGAGCAGUUGCACUUGUAUUUUCAGUUCCUGAGCUGAUUUCUGAUGUUACAAACCUGGUUCAGAACAACUGUGAGACAGAAGCCAGUAAGAGUCUGAGAAAGACCGCUGAAGCCUUAAAGAAGGCCUCUGAAGAGAUGAAACAAGACCUGGACCGAAUCAAAAAGUGGUUUGAGAAGUUAGCCAGAGUAAAACGCGCAGUUGAAAACACCAACAGAAGCUCUUAUGACAAGAAGACACUGAUUGACUUUGUGAUAGCAAACUGUGAGGAUGAUAAUGCUCGGCAAUGGUUGAGACAAUAUCUGUCUGACGCUUUCUUCCAUCUGGUGGACAUGUUUCUUGACCUGAUACAACGUGUCGAAGAGGAAAACAGUGACAGUGAAAGUAUUGACAUCAUCUUUGUUGCACAUGGAUCCAUCAGCGACUCAAUGAUCCCAGCCAGAUGGCUGCUGCCUUGGUCCUCCAUCAAUGAUGUGAUCCUGUAUUCUCCCUGGAACUGUGCCAUCAAUGCUGAUGUAGCGUACGGUGUCGCUACAGGACGAAUAAAGCCUCAACACAGAGUGUUUUACUGUAGGCCAAACCAAGGCUGUGGAGUUCCUGAUGAAAAUCAUUGGCCCACACACCUGCCCAACUGCUGGAACUCAAUGAGACGCACUGGAGACCUAAACAUUCCCAACAUCACACUCAGUCCUCUGGAACAAGGAGACUUCUUAGGAUGGAACAGCUAUUUGAUUCUCGAACAACAACAUGGUCAACCAGGAAGAAACCGCGUCGUCAGGCCGUUCAACCUCCCAGCAGGAAGCCCUUCUGUAAGAGUCCCGUUCUUCAUUGUUACUCUGGCUCUGUCUCUGGUUCUCCUCUCCUCCAGGUUUAAAGUCACCGUCCAUCUCACUGCCUGCCUGAGUGACCACUCUGCUGUAAAUUUUAACCAGGAGUAUCUGAGGCAGCAGUAUGCCUGUUGCAUCGACAACACUGCAAUGACAUGUUCAUCAGACAUGUAUGAUGGCAUGGACGUGGACCAACACCUCCACAGAGCUUUUAAAGCUAUGUUUGGUUAG